AUGGACUCCCGACAGGCGGCGCUCAAGUCGGAAAUUGCGCAGCUGUCUGGCGCCAUUGACCGGCAGCGCUCGCGCAUGCGCGGGCGCGGCGGGCAUGCGGCGCGGCCGACGCGCCACCGCUCGCUCGUGCUAAGCGGCUCCGACGAGGGCGGGUGGGUGCGCCGCCGCACGCGCCAGGGCGUGGCGCUCGUGCACCGCGCCGUGUACGACCCUGCGCGCCCGCCGCCCGUGGAGACGCCGAAGGCGCCGGCGCGCGAGCAGAUCGUGGUCGACGGCGUCCCGUUCGUGUUUGACGAGUCGGGCACCAAGCUCAUCAAGGCGAGCCUCGUGGCGCCGCACGCGCCGUCCGCCACGCCGCGGCAGACGUCCGUGGAUGGCGAGGCGUACGUCCGCACGAAGAGCGGGAACCUCAUUAGUCGUGCGCUCGUCGUCCAGCGGCGCGCCGCGCGCGCGCAGCAGGCGCGGCAGAAGCGCCUCGCGGCGCUCGGGCAGCAGAUGGGGCGUGUGCACCGGCAAGUGCGCGCGCGGGAGCGCGCCCAGAUCUGCACGUUCUACACGCGCACGGGCGCGUGCCGCCGCGGCGACCGCUGCCCGUUCGUGCACGACCCCGCGCGCCGCGCGCUGUGCCCCGGCGCGCUGAAGCCGAGCGGGUGCAUGCUGCCGCCCGGCACCUGCCUCUUGUCGCACACUCCGACGCCGCACAACACGCCGCACUGCGUGCACUUUCUGCGCACAGGCGCCUGCCGCCAUGGCGAUGCGUGCAGGUACGUGCACGCGGCGCGCGCGGCGGACGCGCCGCUGUGCCGCCCGUUCGUGUACGCGGGAUGGUGCGAGCAGGGCCGCGCGUGCGAGCGGCGCCACGCGAAAGAGUGCCCCGACUUCCGCGAGAAGGGCGCCUGCUCGAACGCGGCAUGCCGCCUGGCGCACCCCGCGCCGCCGCCGGAGCGCAGCGCCGUGCAGGGUGCCGAGCCGGCCGCCGAUACCCUCUUUGUGCGGGACGACGCCGCCGCGGCCGAGGAGCGCUACUUUGUGGCGGUGGACGAUGCGCCGCCGCGCGCGGCGGCGGCCGAGGCGACGCCGGGCACGGACGCGCGCGACUUUCGAGGAGCCUGA